UAUAAACACGCUUGAACUUUCAUGAGUUGGGGAGGAACUGACUUACUGUAACAGGCUUAUACGACUUGUUUACAAUCAUAGUGACAAUGGAGAGGAGCAAAGGGACAGUUUCAGCUCUUAAAGCUUUAGGGUACCCGCGCGGCUCCUGCCUCGCUCGCUGUGGUUGUGAUGAGCUCCCCUGUCCGCUGCUCACCUGGCUGUCUGCAGAGAUGACCACUCUCUGUCCGGAGCUGCAAGACUCAAGCAGGACAGGUGAUGUCUUCCUGGUGGGAGAGUUGAGAACUUUACUGUCAAAUAUGUCGUCUCCCCUCACUGCGUUGACAUCAGAGGUGCUGGGGCCGUCCAUCCUCAACAAAGUCACUGAGUUCCUUGUAUCAGAGUUGCAAGCGGCUCAAAUAAUGAAGCAUAAGGAAUUGCAUCCUGAGGAGAAAACAACAGGAGAAGAGUCUGAAAAAGAGCAGCGAGUCAAAGAUCACAGCGAUGAAGUCACUGAGAUGUGUCAGGAAUAUGAAGAUGACGAUCACAAAGAGAGAAGGAAGGCAGAGAUGCAGGCAGAGUGGAUAUUACUGCUGCACGCCCUUGACAUGGAUGCCUCCUUGCAAUUUACAGAUGUGUUGAGUGAGGUGGAGUCAAGGCUUGCUCGUCUACCGUCUGGAGACAUGGCUAACUCGCUUCUUAACAAAAGCCUCAGCUUAGAGCAGUGGGUGCAAGUUCAAAAGAUCAAUCAAGUUCUGUUGGAGGACUAUCACUGUCGGCGACAAAUGAUGAUCAAACGCUUUCAGGUUACUCUUAAAUCGUUCGCAUGGGGAGAAAAACAAACGGAGCGCAGUGAAGCUCUGGCCACAGUGCCUCCUCUUUCAUCGCUCUUCGGCUCAUCCCGAGUCUCCUUGUCUCUUCUGAUCGCCGCCAGAGAGGAUCAGUUCCUCCUUGGGCCAAUCAAGGCUGGAACAAGUACGGCGGUCUACAAGGCGUUGAUGGGCAGCGUACCAGACAGAGGAGGACGACCAGGAGAAAUUGAGCCUCCUAUGCCAUCGUGGUCAGAUCGAAGAGCACAAGGAGGCGGACGAGGACGUGGAGGUGGACGUGGAGGUGGACAUCAGCAAAGACGUAAAUUUUCUGAUAAAAAGAAGAAAGGGAAUAACGAGUAACAUGUCUCUCUCUUACAGCUUAAUUUGAGAAAUAAGUGAUCAUUUUUCUUUAUUCAAAUCCCUGUUAUGAAAUGAAAUUUGGCUGUUGAAUGCUACAUAUGAUAUGAUUUUAUAUUUGAAAAUGUGUGCAAAAUUCUUAGUUAUAGUACAGAUACAUACCUGACCGUGUACUUUUAUAAAAUAGCUUCUCAUUGCUAUAAUGCACUGGCAUAUUACCAGAUAUUUUUGUUGAUAAAAAUAAUGUUUGAUUACAUUUUUUUUUAUGUGUUGGCUUUGCACAUUUAUAUGUAGGUUUGUUUGCUAAAGAAUAAACCUAAUAAACAAAGAAAUGUCUUAU